AUGUUUCAGAUCAGCACGUUGAAGCUGGAGAUGAUGAAGCAGGAGGAUGUUCUCGUUCCAGAUGUGCAGCAGCUAGGUGCUCCAGGGCAGGCAGCCCAAAGGGAGCUCCAGGAGCAGGUCUCAGCACAGGCAGAUAAGAUGAUGCUUCCCACUGCUUCCCAGCAACCAGAGGAGAAGCCACCACAUGUGAUGGAAGCAGAGCAGAUAACUGCAGGACUUGCUGAGCCUCCAAAACUAGAGCUGCCACCAGCAUCCACCCUUCACACAUGUGUCCCUGAGGAGGAGGAUGCUGGGAAUGAUCUGUCAGGGGUGGUCCUUGGUGACAGCUCACUGGUGGCUGCAGCCAACAGCAGCACACAGCCUCAAAGUCAGCUCUGGGAAGAGCAGAGCAAGGACCUCAACGUUGGUCAGCAGGAGAAGCAGCAAGCUGGGCAGAAAACCAGCCAGGAAGGCAAGUCCAACCCAGGAAAACCAGGGGCCAUGACUACAGGUGGGGCAGGAGCUACCCCAAGGGUUUCUCCUGGAGCCUCCCUGGAGCCAGACCAUCUCUACAACGUGCUGUUUGUUGGGGACUCCAACGUGGGCAAAACCUCGUUCCUGUACCGGCUGCACACCGACACCUUCAACCCACAGCUCACUGCCACUGUAGGAGUGGAUUAUCAGAUCAAGACCUUCGUGGUGGACAACAAGUGCUUUGCUCUCCGUCUGUGGGACUCGGCUGGCCAGGAGAGGUACCGCAGCCUCACCAGGCAGCUCUUCCGGAGGGCGGAGGGGGUGGUGCUGAUGUACGAUGUCUCCUCCCAGAGCUCCUUCUCCGACGUGUGCUACUGGCUGAGCUGCAUCCAGGAAGGAGCAGAAGAUGGGGUCACUAUUCUGCUUCUUGGGAACAAAACCGACUGUGCUGCAGAGAGACAGGUCCCCACGAAGGAGGGGGAACGUCUGGCCAAGGAGCACCAGCUCCUCUUUUAUGAAUGCAGCGCUGCCUCGGGCCACAAUGUCUCCGAGUCCAUGGUCAGCUUAGUCAGGUUGCUCAAAGAUCGUGAAGAUACAUUUAAAAAUGAGGUAGAAGAGGUCCCAAAGCCACCCCAGAAGAAAAAGGGCUGCUGUUGGUGA